AUGGUAGAUGAAUCUGACGUCAAGUCAGCAUUAAAUGGUCAUGAUCGUCCACUCUCGAUCACAAUCGCCAUAGUUUUUCUGAAGGUAAACAAGAACUUUGAGGUUUUCGACUGGACACAAACAAACAAUUUUUUUCAGAUCGUGUUUUUCAUUUACGAUAUCGUCACCUUCAUUCCAUUCAAAAUAUUUGCGGAUCCGGCUGAAAAACUAGAGAAGUCGGAAAGAGUGAAGGCGGAACCAGAAAAUGGCGAUUUUUCGACUCCAUGGAAGAACGUCUUCGCUAAGGAUGGGCUCAUGAACUCGUCAUUCGAAGGAAUCCACGAUCUUGGAACGCAAUGGGAGGAAUGUGUCCGGUACGUUUUCUUCGAUCUAUCAGUAGAUGAAACCAUUGAGAUCGCAUACCGUUAUGGAAACCUUCCGUGCAUGGGGACCCGCGAAGUUCUUAAGGUUCACAAAGAGAAACAAUCCAAUGGAAAGGUUUUCGAAAAGUGGCAAAUGGGAGAUUAUCACUGGAGAAGUUACGCACAAGUGGAUAAACGUGUGAACAUGAUUGCCUCGGGACUCACCAGCCUUGGACAGAAAGAGAAGGAACCAAUCAUUUUGUUUGCUGAGACCAGAGAAGAAUGGAUGACUACCGCAUUGGCUUGCAUGAAGAUGAACUUCCCAAUUGCUACCAUGUACGCCACCCUUGGAGAUGAAGCCGUUACCUUUGCUAUCAACGAGGUUGGAGCAAAAACCAUCUUCACUACCGAAGCCCUCAUCUCGAAAGUCAAGAAAGCCAUGAGCAAUGGAGCCACCUCUAUCGAGAACAUUAUCUUCUUCGACAGUGUGGAUCCAGCAUCCCGUGGAGAAUCCGUCGACGUCGACCUUCCAUUCACUCUUCUCUCGUUCGAUCAACUUCUCAGCCGUGGAGAGCGUGAGUAUUGUAUGUCGCUUUGGGGUGUUUUGCUUGUUUCAGUCCUAACCACUCUACCCAUUUGUUACCUCAUGAUCUACGUCCGUUCUCUACUCAACCUAGUUAGUGUCAAUCGUCUAAUCCCGGCACACCCAGUCCCAAUCCGUAGCAAGAAAGAUGAUCUAGCCUUCAUUAUGUACACCUCUGGAACUACUGGAAAUCCAAAAGGAGUUAUGAUUUCUCACCAGAAUAUUGUCGCGGUCACAGCUGGACAAGCCUUUAACAUUAAUCUUGGAACCGAAGACCGAUAUAUCGGAUACCUUCCACUUGCCCACAUCCUUGAAGUUUGCGCUGAAAUGAUCGUUUUCACCAAGGGAGUCAGAAUUGGAUAUUCUUCUGCUCAGACCUUGUUCGAUAGAGCUCCAAAGAUCAUGAAAGGAGAACAUGGAGACUGCUGGGUGCUUCAACCAACUCUCAUGGCUUGCGUCCCAGCUGUUAUGGACCGUAUUUUCAAAGCAGUUAUUGAUGAGGUCAACGCGAACAGUGAACUUUUCAAACAAGUCUUCAAAACUUGUUACGAACGGAAGAGAUCGAGAUAUGAGGAAGGAUACACUAGUUUUAUUUUGAACAAAUUGGUCUUCAACCGUAUUGGAAAGCUUCUUGGAGGAAAAGUUCGUCAAAUUCUGUCUGGAGGAGCUCCACUCAGUCCAGAAACUCAACGAUUCAUGAAUAUCUGCUUCUGUUGCCCGGUUGUUCAAGGAUACGGUCUCACUGAGACUUGCGGAGGAGGAACCAUUGCGGACAUCCAUGACUUGUCGACUGGAACAGUUGGACCACCACUCACCUGCUGUGAAAUCUUGUUGCAAGAAUGGGCAGAAGCUGGAUACUCACCGAAGAACGAUCCACCACAGGGAGAAAUUCUGAUCAGCGGACCAAAUGUUGCUCUAGGAUAUUUCAAUAACGAUGAGAAAACUAAUGAAGAUUUCGUCAAGGUUAAUGGAAAACGCUUCUUCGCUACUGGCGAUAUUGGAGAGUUCCGUGAAGAUGGAUCGCUUAAAAUCAUUGAUCGCAAGAAGGAUUUGCUCAAGUUAUCUCAUGGUGAAUACAUCUCGCUCGGAAAAGUUGAGACUAACCUGUUGACCAAUCCAAAUGUCGACAAUAUCUGUGUCUAUGGAGAUUCUGAUAAGAGCUUUUUGGUCGCAUUGGUCGUUCCAAACCAGAAGAAUUUGACUCAGAUGGCCGAGAAGCAGGGAGUGGAUACUAGCGAUUUCGAGAAAGUUUGUGAGGAUAAGAAAGUUGUGGAGGCAUUGCAGAAGGAGUUGGCUUCAUAUGUAUCUUCCAAACUCCAACGCGUCGAAAUUCCACAAAAGAUCUUCAUCUGCCACGAGCCAUGGACUCCAGCCUCCGGACUUCUUACCGAAGCAUUGAAGCUCAAGAGAAAGAACAUUGAGAAGGCAUUCCGUAAGGAGCUCGACCAACUUUACAAGUAA